UGCUGAACACCUGUUGAGAGGAAAAACAAAUAUUUUGGCACAAACCUUUUUGAUAAAAAAUGGUCUGAUUAAACGCAUAUAAGAUUUUUGAGUGAUCAGAGACAGCCGCCAGCGAUGGCAAGUGGAGGAAGAACGGGACGAAAUGACGGCGACACCGUUGAAAGUUUGGCGGAGGUGUUUAGAUGUUUUAUUUGUAUGGAAAAAUUGAGAGAUGCUAGGCUGUGUCCACACUGUUCAAAACUCUGCUGUUUUUCAUGUAUCAGGAGAUGGCUUACAGAACAAAGAUCACAAUGUCCACAUUGUAGAGCAUCCCUCCAUAUCCAUGAGCUGGUAAACUGUAGAUGGGCUGAAGAGGUUACAAAUCAGUUAGAUUCUCUGAAAGAGAGUGCUCCAUCACCUAGUAAAAAAGAAGAACCAGAUAAAGACAAAUGUGAUGAACACCAUGGAGAGAAAUUGAGUGUGUAUUGUUGGACCUGUAAACAGAGUAUAUGUCAUCAAUGUGCCCUGUGGGGUGGAACCCAUUCUGGUCACACAUUUAAACCUCUAGAUGGUGUGUAUGAUGAGCAUGUGAAGAAGAUAACAGAUGAAUUGAACCAGUUGAAGAGAAGACAUGUGGAAUUGAUAAGUCUUGUUCAGGAUGUGGAAAGAAAUAUCGAAAGCGUAAAGACAGCAAAAGAUGAAAGAGUCAGAGAGAUAAGGAAUGCAGUAGAAUUAAUGAUUGCAAGACUAGAAUCACAACUUAAAUCUAAACUACUUACAUUAAUGGGUCAGAGAAGUCACUUAACACAGGAAACAGAACUACUAGAAUCAUUAAUACAGAAAGUCAAUCAAAAGUUGACCACAUGUGGCAAGAAUGAACUGAUUAAUAUUAGUACUGAACUAGUUGAAAUGUUUAAAGAGGUCCAGAGAAAACCCAUGGCUUCCUUUGUAACUGCUGCAGUCCCGGCAGACUUUACCAGUGAGAUAGUACCACCAUAUGACACCAGUACCUUUGUGAUGAAGAAUUUCAGUGUAUUACAACAGAGAGCAGACCCUGUUUAUAGUCAGCCUUUAAAUGUAUCAGGACUUAGUUGGAGGCUUAAAGUUUAUCCUGAUGGUAAUGGUGUAGUGAGAGGUAAUUAUCUUUCUGUCUUCCUGGAGCUAUCUGCUGGGUUAUCUGAAACUUCCAAAUAUGAAUACAGGGUAGAAAUGGUCCAUCAAGCUAGCCGUGACUCCAGUAAGAAUAUCGUCAGAGAAUUUGCCUCAGAUUUUGAAGUAGGUGAAUGCUGGGGUUACAACAGAUUUUUCCGUUUAGAUCUACUUGCCAGUGAGGGUUAUCUCGAUACAGACACAGACACUCUCAUCCUCCGAUUCCAAGUCAGACCACCAACAUUUUAUCAGAAAUGUAGGGAUCAACAUUGGUAUAUAAACCAGUUAGAAUUUUACCAGAGCCAGUAUAUGACACAGUUAAAUGAUAUGCAGGAGAGAUUAUUACUGAUUGAGAUGUCCAGAAGGUCCAAAAGGGGAACAUCUGCAGAGUCACCAUUACCUUUGAUAGAGGCCCAUGGUGGGGAUAAUCCUGCUAUCAAACACCCCAUACUGCACCCCAAACCUCUACAUCCAGGCACAGGAUCAGAGAUAGAAAUUGAACAUUCUGACAACGAUGAUGUGACAUCUGAUAAUGAUACCACUGAUUCUAAUGAGGGUUUGAGUGAAGGAGAUAUUGAUGAAUUAGAGAACACCCGAAUGGUCCUUGAAGAACAGAUUCUUGCCCCUGCUGAAAAUAAUGAUGAAAAUGAUAUAGAUGAAGAAACUAUGUCUUUGGACAAUGAUGUAGAAAUUAAUAUGAGAUGGGAAGAAAAUGAUUUGGACAGAAUGGGAGCUCAUGGAACCAGUCAUAAAUCUAUUUCUAACAUAACUGGUGCAGAAAACAAAAAUGAAGAUGAUGAAGCAUUAAUAAGACAGCUGUUUAAAGAAAAGGCAUCUGAUACAAGACCAUGGUCAGCAGCUUUUGGAGAUGGCGCUGGUGACAGAUUUGGACUUAGUCCCGACUGGUUUGAGAAAGUCCAAGCUGCUCUGCGUAAGAGGAAAGAAGAUAAAACUAAGACUAAGAAGAAGACAGCUGUAUCUACAGACAAUGUAUUAGAACACAUCCAUGCUAGAUUCUCUGAACUGGCUGCCUCAACAUUGGCAGCUGCCAAUGCAGCAGUUACUAAUGAAACAGAGGCAAGAGCUAUUGUCAAAAGUGAGAAAAAUGUAGACAAAAAGUUUAAGAUGCCCCUGCCAGUGCCAGAAUCCUCCACUAUUGAUAGAUCUGAGCUUACUAGAGUAACCCAAGACAAACCCUCCAAAGGCUCCUCUAGUGAAGACAGACUUCCUGUUGUAAAGAGAAUAACAGCAACAAUGAACAGACUCUCUCUAGACAAUAAUGCUAAGAAGGAGGAGAAAAAAGCACCUGUUAAAUUAUCAGAUGAGAAGACUGAAGCAGACAUAUCAUUUGAGCAGCAUUCCUUAUCCAGUACGUUAGACUUAGAAGAAGUGUCAUUGUCUGAUUCCUCCUUCGAAGUCAUGCAGGAUCUACCUACAUCUCAACCAUUCCAUAGCUGUGUGUCACUAGCUGUUAGUAAAACUAGUCAAAGUGCAGAUGACCUUAAUGGAAACAAGAAAAAGAAAGAAGGAAGUGAUAAAAUAUCUUCUGGUGCAACUAAAGAAAUAGGUUUACCAUGGUCAUACAGUUUUCUAGCAAAGACUUCUAAUCCAGACAAAGAUAAAAAAGAAGUUUCUACAUCCUCAUCUUCCACAAUACCACUGACUUCUUCAUCAUCUACAGUUACAUCUUCAUCCUCAUCUAAAACUACAGCUAAUUCAGAGAGUAGGUCUGAAUCAGCAGAGGAAAAUAGUGCCAAAACUAAAUCUGACAGUGGCAAUACUGAUUCUAAACCAGACAGUGGUGAUGAUUCAGCUUUAGUGUGAUGUUAGACAUAUACCAGAGGAAUUAUGGACAGUUUUUCUCUGUAGCUGAUGUUUUAUGCAUAUUGUGAUAUGGAUAUUUUCUGUGUUUAUUUUUGGUAAAAAUUUGUAUUAAAAUGCUAUUAGAUGUUAGUGUACAUCAGGAUGAUCUAAGAGUAGUUUUGAGAACUGAUUAUGAGGUUAAAAUGCAUUAAUUUUGCAAGAUAGUUUUUCAGCAAAAUCUUACUGAAAGUUAUUAGGGAAAUCGUUUGUGGUCUUAAUCCCCUUCCCUCCUAAAAAAAUCAAUGCACUGGUUAAUUUAAGGGAAAAUCACAUUCAAUGAAAUGUAUUUUUUUACCUUGUAAAUCAUGAUUUUGUAGUUUCAAUUUUCAGCAUCCUAGCAAAAUGACCAUUUAUCAGCACAACUGUGAAAUUUUCAAAGUACUGUCUUCUUAUUUCUCUUCUGAUGAAUGUUUCAAUUUGGUCACAUCAAUAUAUUGAAUGCUUGAAAAAAGUUCUAGUAAUGUUAAAGCAUAAUUUAGAGAUUAAUUUAGACAAAUUUAACAUUCAAAUGUAAAAACACCAUAUUAUAUGUACUCAUAGUAGACAUCCUUAGUAUUCCAUAAUGUGUUUGUAGCCAUCAAGCUUUUCUCUUUUCAUUGAUCGGUUAAAAAAACAUCUUGCCCACUGACAAAGACUGAUAAUGGAAAGGUCUUUUCAGUACUUACAGUUAUAUAGUCAUGGAUUAUAAAGAUAUGAUCUAUGAUUCUUCCAUCUUUAUGAAAUUUUUAUUCAACUACAUAAGAAAGCAUGGUUAAGUGCUGUUGUUGUGAUUUUGUAUGAAAACCGAAUCAGUAGUAACACCAGGUUUAGAUUUUAUGAUUUUAAGACACUAACCUGUAAUUAAGGUUGAAAAUUGUGUCUGGCUGAUAGUACUGCAAUUUCUAAAAAAGAAAAUAAUGAUGGAAACAGUUGUAAUUGACUAAUCCUUUAAUUUUGAUUAUAAAAAAAAUACACAAAUGCAUGUAUAUCUUGCCAAAAGGCUACAUACUGUAACUUGUAGCAGAUGUGUUAACAGUUUCAAUGGUAUUCUAGGUUUCUUGAAGGGCCAAAGUUAACACUUUUUUGUUCAUUGUAUUUUUCAGUUUCCUUAUUUUUUUUAUUUUUUCUCAGGGUUGAACAAAUGUAUGAAAAGAAAAUACAUUUGUUACCAUAAAUAGAUUUUUCUUAUUUGUAUUAUACAUUAAAUUUACAAAUGUGUCAUGUUUUUGACCAAAAGAAAAAGUGUAUUUUCUUUUGAUUAUCAAAGGUUUAAUGAAUUUGUAACAUUACUUUUAUUUAUCACAUAUUUAUUUAUUAUAUUCAUGUUUUUGUGUACUGGAGUUGUAUUGUUUAGUGGGUUCUAUUUUCUUUGAUCGAGGAAAAUUUUUCAUGGUUACUUGAAUUUGUGGUUUUGACAAAUUCUCCCUACAAGUGUUAUUAAGGAAACUUGAUAAUAUUGAGAAUUGAAAUUUGUGGUUCACUUUUACCUACAAAUCCAUGAAAAAGUACUUGACUAAUACAAAUUUAUCCACAGUACAAAAAAAAUAGAACUUGAUGGUGUUGGUGAAAUGGUGAUUAAAUAUUCAGUGCAUUUUACAUGCAUUUCAACAAGAGGACAUGUUGAUGAGAUAUAAAUACAAACCCUGCUUUGUACUAGACAGUCAAACUGAGCCGGAUUUUCUGACGUCCUAGUUCACAAUAUAACAGUCAGCAAGAGGAUAUGUCACCCUACUCAGACAUGUUAUUCUGACUUCGAGCCAACCAGUCUUUGCUCUUUCUGCUAAAUGCAGUAUGCUUCUUGGAGAAACAGCAAAUAACAAUUUUCACAUCUUUGGUUUACCUUGCAGUGGAUCAAAACCCUUGACUUUGCAAACUUUAUGCAAGUGCACUAAAUUAGAAGAUAGGUCUUUUUAAGCUUUUGCAUACUUUGUUAUGUUGUUUAUCGGUUUACAAAACCAGAAAAAAUUACUGUACUAAGCUAGUUUCUGUUAAUAUGUUGUGUUUAAGUAAAAUGAGUUCCAUAUUAGUAUUUUUGUAUUUGUUUAAAAAACAAAAUGUGACGUCAUGUUGCUAGAAACAAUGUUUGGCUUAAGUUUGAGUAAACCUGAACGUACCAAAGAGUUAAUUAUACAGAGGUCAGAAGUGUUAAACAAAGCAUUUUAAAUAAAAAGAGAAGAAGUAAAUUACUAAGAUAAACAAAGGAAAUGUAUUUAUUGUUAGUGGUGUUAAACUAUGUGAUAUACAGAUUAUAACUUAAUAUUUUCCAUAUCUUCCUCAGUAUUAUUUCUAUACAGACCCCAAUCCUUUGGGCUUGGCUCUGGAGCUCUUAAUAGGGACCUUAUUGGCAGAGUAGCCCAAGUACUGUAAAUUCAGAAAUUAUUGCAUGCAUUUAUUAUUGUGAAUAUUUCUGAAAGUGGCCUUUAAACAUAAAACCAAUCUUGGGCUAAAUUUUUGGGCGGAAGGCCCUUUUUCAGGAUGUUAGGAUUGGACAUUUAUUUUUUGUGGGAAUUAGGGAUUGAGGCUUAUCAGGAUUUGGGAAAAUUUCUGGAUCCGGGAAAGAAUGCCUUAUUUUUAGCUCACCUGGCCCGAAGGGCCAAGUGAGCUUUUCUCAUCACUUGGCGUCCGUCGUCGUCGUUGUCGUCCGUCGUCGUUAGCUUCUUACAAAAAUCUUCUUCUCUGAAACCACUGGGCCAAAUUUAACCAAACUUGGCCACAAUCAUUAUUAGGUUAUCUAGUUUAAAAAAUGUGUCUGAUGACCCCGCCAACCAACCAAGAUGGCAGCCAUGGCUAAAAAUAGAGCAUAGGGGUAAAAUGUAGAUUUUGGCUUAUAUCUCUAAAACCAAAGCAUUUAGAGUAAAUCUGACAUGGGUAAAACUGAUUAUCAGGUCAAGAUCUAUCUGCCCUGAAAUUUUCAGACAAAUCUGACAACCUGUUGUUGGGUUGCUGCCCCUGAAUUGGUAAUUUUAAGGAAAUUUUGCAGUUUUUGGUUAUUAUCUUGAAUAUUAUUAUAGAUAGAGAUAAACUGUAAACAGUAAUAAUGUUCAGCAAAGUAAGAUCUACAAAUAAGUCGCCAUGACCAAAAUUGUCAGUUGACCCCUUUAGGAGUUAUUGCCCUUUAUAGUCAAUUUUUAACAAUUUUUCGUAAAUUUUUGUUAUCUUUUACAAAAAUCUUCUUCUCUGAAACUACUGAGACAAAUUUAACCAUACUUGGCCAUAAUCAUUAUUAGGGUAUCUAGUUUAAAAAAUUUGUCCGAUGACCCCGCCUUCCAACCAUCAUGGCCGACUUGGUUAAAAAUAGAACAUAGGAGUAAAAUGCAUUUUUUGGUUUAUAUCUCUGAAACUAAAGCAUUUAGAGCAAAUUUGACAGGUGGCAAAAAUGUUCAUCAGAUUUAGAUUUAUCUGCCCUGAAAUUUUCAGACAAAUCGGACAACCCGUUGUUGGGUUGCUGCCCCUGAGUUAGUAAUUUUACAGAAAUUUUAAAUUUUUUUGCUAUUAUCUUAGAUAUCAUUAUAAUAUCUAAUAUCUAAUACUAUUAAUUAUGAUUUUAACCUUAUUGUACAUGAUUUCCAAAGCAUCAGUAAAUACAGGUGAGCGACACAGGCUCUUGAGAGCCUCUAGUUUAUUUUUGUGGGAAUUGGUAUUCAGUGUUUAUUUUUCCAGGAAUUUGGGAAGAUGCCCCCUCCUACCCCCUGUUAAUAUGGGAGUCGAGAUGAUGCUUGGUGGAUAUGGAAAGUGAUAUGUUAUAAUCUAGAAUUAUAUGUAGAAUGAGUGCUGUGAAUGAUAAUUUACAUUGAUAGUGCAUAAAUUUUUCAUGAUUUGAAAGUUUGAGUGUAGAUAGCUGCUAUAUGUUUUGGUAAAGUUUUGUAUUGUAUUAUGUCAUACAUUAGUGCUAUGUUUUAAACAUUGAAUCAGUUUAAUGUGUAAUAAUUAUUUUCCAGAAUAAAAUGUGAUAAAUUUUA